CGCGCCGUGUGCUGUUUUGGAAGUCGCGUCGUCGGCACUGCUCGACCACAGACUGCACGAUUAAAGGGGCUAUAUUACUUCAAAACGGGAUGCCUCUACCUCCGGCACUGCUGGCCCGCUUGGCCAAGAGAGGGAUUGUAAAGCCAACAGAGCAUGACGCAGAUGAGGAGAUUAUCGCUGAAGAUUACGAUGACAACAAUGUAGAUUAUGAAGCCACUAGAAUAGAGAAUUUACCACCAAACUGGUACAAAGUGUUUGAUUCUGCUUGUGGUCUUCCCUAUUACUGGAAUGUGGAGACAGAUUUGGUGGCCUGGCUAUCCCCAAAUGACCCGUCAGCAGUGGUAACAAAACCCGCCAAGAAAAUCAGAGCUGAAGGAGGUGAUGAAAGAGUUGAAAGGCCGUUUGAGAAGCCAGACAGAGAGCGAGAAAGAGAGCGAGAACGGGACAGAGACCGAGAUCGGGAAAGGGACAGAGACAGAGACAGAGACCGAGAGAGGGAUGACGGAAGAGACAGAGACAGAAGGAAGCCGAGGAGAGAAGAUAUGGCACCGUACAACAAAAGCAAAAGAGGUAGAAAAGAUGAUGAGAUGGACCCCAUGGAUCCAAGUGCUUAUUCUGAUGCCCCAAGGGGCACGUGGUCAAGCGGGCUACCCAAACGUAAUGAAGCAAAAACAGGAGCAGAUACCACAGCAGCGGGGCCUCUCUUCCAGCAGCGUCCGUACCCCAGUCCAGGAGCUGUGCUUCGGGCCAACGCAGCAAACCAGAUACCCAAGGAGUAAGCAGGAAUCCAAGAAGAUGCCAACUCAAACACACAAAUGUUCAGCUUUUCUUCCUCACAUCUUGUUAUUACAAACUGACAGAUUUUCUAUUGUGAAAUGUGUCACCCAAUGGAGUGCUGAGUUUUUGAACCGCCAGAGCUUUCAUAUUCUAACUCGUAGAGCAGCUGUAAAUAUGUUUUUAUAUGACCUAAAGAUUGACUUUCUUGUUGUUAGUUGAACCAUCAGUGGACAUGAUAAUAAAUUUCAAAACUACUGUGAAAA